AUGCCGAGCAAAGGCGUGGCAGGGUGUCAAAUUGAAUUCUGCGUCCCUGGAAAUACUGUCUCGAAGAAUGAACUUCAUACAUUCGGCAAUGACCACUUGGAAAUCGACAAGAAAUUCAUCAAAGGACCCUUCAACUUCACUGGCGCUUUCUCCUUUAAGGUUAUCCAGAAUGGCAACCAACUUGUGUCCGAAAGUAUUGAAGUCAACGUCGUGACGGGAAACCUGGAAGGAGGAAAUCUAAAGUCCAUGGCGAACCAAACCUCAAUCAUCACAAAUGAGGCGAUUGUCACUUAUGGCUUCUACGAUGCGGGAACAGGCGUUGCAGACCUUCCAGACCGAGAUCAGGUUUGGGUUACUGUUACCCCAAAUCACUCAACGUGGAUGGGACGGCUAGCACCACCAGCAUCUCCUCAAGCAUCCAAGCCCUUCUCCAAACUCUUCCUUCCAGCAGCACAUGACAUUGGCAUGAACACCAUGCAAUCGGCAGACGCACUUCUCCAAGGCAGCUGCCUCGUUGAUGUCCUAACCCAUGUCGACCCCGUGUUUGCAAAAAUCGCAGACAUGAUGACCCACGAUGCUAUUCUAGCAAUCGCCCCCAACAUCAUCCGUGGGCUCGCCAUCACGCAGAAGGAUAGCCUCGCAGCCAUUCUAAGCAUUGGCGCGAGGUAUUUCGAGUUCCGUCCCGCAUACCUGCACAGUGCCAUCCGUCCAGACCACCCAAUCCCCGACGAGCUAUAUUUCUCGCACUCUGCCAUUCCCGGGAUGCAAUACGAUGAGUUCCUGCACGACACCGUCGAGUUCUUGAUGCAAAACCCGGAAGAGAUCGUCGUCGUACAGCUACGCUGGGAUGGUGUACCCGCAGAGUGUGCAAGACCCACAGACGAAGACCUGGCAAACUACCUCAAUACCGCGCUCUCGCCCUCAAACGGUUCCAUUGUAGCAGGGUCUCUAGACGACAUUCUACACUGCACCAUCGCUGAGCUCCGAGACCAGCACAAGCGUCUCAUCAUCUUUGUAAACAGCGACUCUUUCUCUACGUACACAGACGCCGGAAAUGCAACGCUGAAUGGCGACACCAUCAUCGCGGAAUUCAACAGUUUGAGCCCGGAGAAACAAGCCGGAAAGCCAUUUACAAACCUGCAAUGCCAGGCCACAGCUACGAAUAUUCCCAAAGUUGUGGCAUACAGCGUCCUGGCCGCAAAUGCUAGCAGUAGCUGUCUACUUGCAACGAAGCCAAUGUGUGAUAGCAAGACGUUGCCAUGGAUCCAACAGAAUGCUGGACGGCUGGAUCCGAAUCAGUUGGUGGUGGUUAUGAAUGACUUUCUUGAUGGCGCGACGGCUGAUGUCUGUAUUGAGUGGAGUAGGAAGAGAUUGGAAUAG